CGCAAUUCCUUGGGGUUGAUUUCGGGGACUCCUCGGUAUCGUUUCGAGUCCCAGGAUCAUUUGGGGUACUUUUGGGGAUCAUUUCGGGUCCUGGGAUCGUUUCGGGUCCUGGGAUCAUUUCGGGUCCUCAGAUGCGCAUCAACAGAACAUCAUCAGCAGUGAUUACUAGGUGUCAUCAGACCAGAUGGCGCAGUAUUGACACAACCCCGUCCUUGUUCAGCAAGUACUCUAACUAGCACUAAGGAUCGCUUGUCUCACUAGAGAGCUCUUGGUGGUUCACGUGUGCCCAGAAAUCAUAGAUCUUCAUUUAGCCUACUAUUCGUGCUUAUCGACACCAACCUCCAAAACCUUAUUGCAGAUUUCUUCCUACACUUAACUCUUACAAAACAUCACGUGAGGAUGCAUGAUUUCCUAGCUGGCCAUCGAUACCACCCCAUUUCAAAAAGGUUGCUUUAUCUUUAUAUUUGUUUUUAAUUAAAAAAGUAUCAAAUUACUUGGUGUCAACAUUGUCAUAAAACGAAUCGAAUAUCCUACGAAGGAUUUCAAAUCACGCUUUAGAAAAAAAAAAUAGAAAGACCAGCGUGAAUGGAUUAAAAUGAGACGUACUUGUUGAAGCUGCGCGUCUAUCAGCUCACUCGCAACUCAAGAGUGAUUGACAAGCACUCAUAUCCAUUAAUCUGUAAGCCAUCAGACGGCUUUGCAUUCUCAAUCCGAUGUCCCGAUGGAGGCAACAUUACUCAGUCUAUUCAAAUGACACUGUGCCUUAUAUUCCCACUCAGUUAAACCAGGCUCGUUAACGUGAUUUGAGUACAACAGAUCUUUGUAAUGGCGUGCUUUGACGUUCCCUGCGUUGAAAGGCUGCACAUCCCGAAAGUUACGACAUAUCGCGAGCCAGACAGUCUGUACUCCUGGGUGGUACUGGCAUGCGCAUUUGCCAUAGUCUGGCUCGUUGGCGGGAUUGGAUUCAGCUUUGGGGUUGUAUUACCACAAUUCAUAACUGAGUUCAACGAGAGCAGACAAAACGGAGCUCUGAUUGGCUCCAUCGGCAUUGCGUUCACACUGGGUGAAUCUCUGCUCUCAAGUCACCUGUGUAUGCGCUAUUCCUGUCGCCUGAUAGCUGCCCUAGGGCACGUGUUGUGCGCCGCAGGCUUCCUCCUUUCAUCAACAGCGCCCAGUCUCCCUGUGUUAUUCGUGACCCACAGCUUCUUAGUGGGGUCUGGUACCUGCUUUAUUCUAAGUCCUUCUUUCUUGAUCUGCGAGAGAUAUUUCAAGAAACGCCGUUCCUUGGCAAUAGGGGCGAUAUCCGCUGGGGUGGGACUGGGAGUCAUGACCUGGGGCCCACUCUCACAGCAAAUAAUCAACAGGCUUGGCUGGAGAGGAUUCUAUCGUUUAACUGCUGGACUGUUCGCAGGCUCUAUUUUUCUGACGCUGUCGUUUGACCCGCGAAUCGGGAAGCGUCCAGAGCCUGACGCCGAAGCGCCCGCUCGUCGAGGUUUACUAGAAAUCCUAAGGGACCUUUCAGCGUGGAAGUACAGACCGUAUACAUUGUCUGUUAUAUCAGUGUGUAUCGCAAGCUUUGGUCACUACUCUGUUAUAAUCCACCUGAUGAAGUUCUCUUCGGAUGAGAUUGGACUCCCUGCCGAUAAGGCCUCGAGGCUGUACAUAGCAAGUGGUAUGGCUACCGUGUUUGCUCGCUUGGUUGCUGGUAGGAUCUGCGACCUUAGGUCAGUCCGACCCAUCUAUGUCAAUCUCAUCGCUGAGCUUUGCAGUGGCGUGGUCACCCUGUGUAGCCCGCUGGCGUCCUCUUAUACACAUCUCAUUAUCCUGAUAGCAUGCUACGGACUUGCAGACGGGGCGUUCAGAACAACAAUAAAUAUUCUCUUUAUGCAAACGGCAAAGCCAGACCCUGUGAAGGUCGCUUCUGCUUAUGGUGGAGGUAUGAUGAUGACGGCGAUACCGACCGCAGCUGGCCCUGCUUUAGCUGGUAUGUUAGCUGAUAGGUCUGGAUCAUACCGCGUCGCAUUUUUCGUGUCUGGGGGAAUCACUCUCCUUUCUACACUCGCCUACUUACCCGAAAUAUACAAGGACGUUCAAGUCAUAUGCAAAGCCAAGCAACAGGGCCCCGAGGACAGAUUGGACUCAGUCUUUGAUAAUCCCACUUGUACGGACUAUGAGGUGACGCCUCUGUGAGAUAAUCUGGGUGGUAUAGUGGUUAGCAUACUGGCCUCCCAGUGCUGCGGCCCGAGUUAAAAUUCCUGCUCUGAGCUCGGGAACUUUUCUUGAUUAACUUGCCGUUUUUUCCCCUAGGAAUCAGCCCUUCCCCCUUUCAAUUAUCAAACGGUCUAUCCCUUAUCUAUGCUGGCUAGAAUAGACCGUUUUCACGAUGUUGCGCGCGCAUCCAAAAUGGCGGGCCACAGCUGAUCCAAAAUGCGAGGUAUGGGGUAUUUAACUGUAGCGCCAAUUUGACCAUAGCGCUCUGAAAGCAUUUUGUAUAGCUUCGUUUGUAAACUCCAUAUCGUAAGCAAAUUUGUAUCAGCGGUGCCCCGCCAGUCAGUAGCAUUUUGGAUGCGUGAAAAACAUCGUGAAAACGGUCUAUGCAGAUGAGAAUGCAAUUCCGAUUCCCGAGGGAUUACCUAGGAUGUGUGCUGUGUGAUCACCUGCAAUAAAGGACAAUUUGUUUGGGACAAAAGCCGAAAACACAUAUUUGUUUAACAUCGAUCGUCGGAUUAUUUAAAAAAUGAGCCCCCCUCCCCCUAGGGGAGUGUCCCACAAACUCCACUGUCACCAAAAAAUCCGUCAUUGAUCGGUGGGGGAGGGGAGGGAAGUGGAGAAAGACUUCGUGCGAAAAUUUGUUAUGUGAACCCCUUUGUCCCAAAGUAAAUUGUCCAUGAUUGAAGUCUAGACGUAUUUAGGAAGAAUCAUUGAGUGAGGAUAAUAAAUUAUUGUGGGGGUUGAUUAUAGAUUAAUAAACUGUUUAAAACGGU